AUGCGGUUAACGCGUCUCCAGCCCGGGCGGUUGGGUCCCCGCGCGAUCCUCUCUGGGCUCAGGAAAACACGCGAAAGCCGAAGCCUAGCGGAGGGAGAGAUGCCAGCGCGGUGGAGUCAUGCCGCUGGCUCGGGCACCAUUGGCUCAUGCCUGGAGUGCGCACAUCUGGCGGCCAGCCCGGGCGGCUCCGGUCCUGAUAUGGAGCGAGAGGGCGGGCGGGUGCGUGCGUCCCGGGAGAACUCUCGCACGCAGAGAGGCGCGCACUGCACAGCGCUCACCCUGCGCCGCCGCCCCAGCGGACCCGCCAGCCCGCGCGCCGGUCGUGAGCCCCCCUGUGCUCGCCAGCCGGCCCCGCAGCUAGCCAGCCAGCCAGACCCCACCCCGAGCCUGCCCGCCCUCCGGACCCUGGCCGCCCCGAGUGGAUACAGGAGGUGA